AAGUACCCUCCCAAGCCUCCCAAGCCAGUACCCAAGACUCUGACCCCAUGGAAGGGACCUCAGCAGCUGCAAAUUCCUCAAGCCUCCCUCCUCCAUCCCGAAGGUUAUCACAGAUAAGGCGUCGUAAGAAGAAGACGCGGGAGGACAUGUUUUCUGAAAUUAUGCAAUCCAGCAGGAGUGACAGAGCUCAUCUGAAUGAGUGGAAGGAAACAGUUUCAAAGUAUAGGAAAGAAGUCAGUGAACGUGAGGAGAGGAGGGACCAACGUGAGGAGAGGAGGGACCAACGUGAGGAGAGGAGAGACGAUCGAGAUGAGAGAUGGCAGCAGGAAGACCAGAGGAUGAAGGAUGCAACGCUGGGGCUGCUCCGGCGUCUGGUGGAGGUUCAGGAACGGCUGCUGGAAAAUAGACUGCCGCUUCAGCCCCUGUUCCACCCUCCCCCCUCCCCAUGUUCCGUAUCCUCCUCACCCAGACGUGUAAGAACGCGGGGGGGGAGGCUCCGUACACCUUCCCAUUCCACCCCAGUAGACAGCCCAAGCAAAAGGCUGUCAUUUUUUUAACCUUUUCUUUGUGGCUUUUUCCUUCCCAGCAAUCCUCCUCCCAAAUACCACCCGGGUUCCCUCCCUCUUUUUCUAAUCUAUUAAUAAAGAAUAAAUGAUUUUUAAA